AUGGGUAUGCGAGAAGAGAGACACUACGCCAAGGAACGAAUCUACGAGAUCCCGAGUUCUUUAAAUGCAAACAACCAUGCAACAGUAGAGGAAUGUGGCACACCCAGUUGCCCCAUGUGUCGUUUGAAUCACGAGUUAUCCUCAUGUGAGAAAUUUCUGCAACCAGGAAUUCCGGAACGGUCGGAAGCAGUCAAGAGGCCUGGUACGUCUCAGGGUAACAUCAAGGGCAUAUUAACACCCAGUGGGGUGGUGAAUGCGAUGGCUUUCAUUGACAAUGGAUCCGAUACCACGUUGAUCAUCAAGCGCUCCNCCGCGGUUAAAAACAACAUCACAACUCGACCACCUUCCCUGACGAUCAGCAUAGUGAACAGUACCAAGGCGACUUCCGCCGAUCAAGCAAACAUGACGUUGGUUUUGCUAGAUAAUGGUGAACGAGUAGAGGUCGUUGUAUCAGAUAUGAGUCAAUAA